AGCUUUAUAAAUAAGAAGGCGAAGAAGGUCCAAAGUGAGGCUUGAUAGUUGAAUCUCAGGCCCAACAAAACCCAGGCGCUUGCAACACAGCACGGAUUUUAUAAAUCACAGAAUAUACAUACAUACUCCUACACAGCAAACAAAAUAUACAUAUACAGACACACAGAGAGAGAUAGAGAGAAAGAGAGAGAGAUUCUUGUCUUCAGCUAUUCUCACUCGUCAUCGAUCUUGUCGUUCUAUUACCUCCGUGGUAAUAUUUGAAAACCAAAAGAAGAUUCAUAUCCAAAUAUUUGGUUUUGAUUCAAGAAUUUGCGGUAUGUGCAUUCAUAGCCCUGGUGGAGUGGUGAAUUAGGGUUCAAGUUGGAGUUUUUUGCAAGUUAAAUGGGUGAUGGUGGUGUUGCAUGUGUUCAGUUGCAGCCUAUUAUGAACCAAUUUUCUGCUUCCGAGAGUUUGGGUUUUCGCGGUGGAAAGGAUGCUAAAUUUGAUUCCAAGUUGGUCAAAUUUGAUGAAAUGGAAACGAAUAUGAAGACGGGUGACACGGGGUGUUUUGGUCAGGGUAAUAAUAAUAUUGGUGGUGGUAAAGAGGUUGAGAAUGGGGAGAUUGAUGAUGAAGUUGAAGAGGGUGAAUUUAGGUGGUCAGAAGGGGAAGAGGUUGAGAAUAGGGAAUUUGUUGCAGAAAAUACGCGAGAAUUUGAUGGUGGGAUGCAAAAGGGAGAGAGUUUAUUUGUUGAUUGUUCAAGGAAAAGGGACGUGGAAAAGGGUGAGUCUUUAUCAUGGAAAGGGGAUUGUGGCGAGUUUAGUUUGAAAAAUUGUGAAAAUGGGGAGCUUAAGAAGAACGAAUCUGGGCCCUGGAGAGAGCGGAAAGAUGAACUGGAAAACGGAGAGUGUGUUCCUGAAAAUUGGCAUAACAGUGUCAUGACAAAAGAAGAAAACAUUUACUCAAGAACGCAUGGGUAUGCUUCGGGAAACAAGGUAUGGAAAGGUGAUUUAGAACGGACACCACCUUUAGCCAAGUAUACAGGGGUAGAAGAUUUUGGCAGUAGAAGUAGCCAAUUAAGAAAGAGUUCUUCGAGAUUGGAAGCUAAGCAGGACAGAAAACUCAGAAUUUCGAAAAUUGAGGGUGAGGAAGACUUCUCUAAAAAUGACCAUCACAUAAGCAAGAGCCAUGAUAGAGAAUACUCAUCAGGAAAUAGAUUGAAGAGGCAUGGCACCGAUUCAGACAGUGAGUAUGAUGAAAGUACAAUGUCUAAGAGUAGGAGACUUUCCGAUAAUGGUACUCGUUCUGCAUACUCAGGGCACCAUCAAAGUUCAUCUGUGGAGAGACCGUAUCGGUGUUCUACGUCAUCCAGAGACAUGCCGUCUGACAGGUAUUCUUCUAGACAAUAUGAAUAUUCUUUGUCAUCUAAAGUCAGUUAUGACAGGCAUGAUAAUAGUCCACAUCGACAUGAGUGGUCCCCACGUGAACAGGCAUGCCUUGAUCAUGGUGACGGGAGUCCUCCAGCUCGACAUGAAAGAUCUGAUUAUGUUCGGAGCCAUUAUCAAGAAAACAGAACUAGAAGUCCAAGUUAUUCAGACUGGUCACCACAUCAGACAGGUAGAACUCCAAUCAACCGGGAGCAUUCCCCACCUAUUCAGGCAAGAUCUACCAAGUAUAAGAAACCAAAUAAGAAAAGUGGAUCACGUGAAAAGAGGCAGUGUCAGCGUAGUAAGAAACUACAGGAAAAGGUGCAGAGUGUUAUCAAACCUGAUGAAAGAUAUUCAGAAUUUCCAGCAAAGGAGUCUGAAAACAAAAGCAAUCUUGAUUCUGGCUAUAAAUCACAAGAGAAAAUAACUAAUCUUCAAUAUCACAGGGAAGAGAUAUCUUCUAAUCCCUGUUUGAAUAAGAAUGAUUUUCCUCAGGUUAAUGGAACUACUGAGGAACUGCUUUCUAUGGAAGAGGACAUGGAUAUAUGUAAUACACCACCUCAUGACCCUGUUGUGGCGGAUUUAAAACCAGCGAAAUGGUUCUACUUGGAUCAUCAUGGCGUCAAUCAGGGCCCAUCUAGAUUGUGUGACCUGAGGAUGCUUGUUGACGACGGGAUUCUAGUUUCAGACCACUUAAUUAAGCACAUAGACAGUGACAGGUGGGUGACUGUUGAAAAUGCAGUUUCUCCAUUAGCAACUUACAAUUUUUCGUCCAGUCUUUCAUACACUUUAAGCCAGCCAGUAACUCCCCCCGAAGCUCCUAGUAAGGAAUUAAAUGUAGGAGGUGUGAUGUGGUAUGGUAGUCAGAUAAGUGACAAGAAGGUGGCAGCUUCUUCAGAGCCGACAAUCAGCAAUAUAUCUGCAUCAGUGGCAGCACCUAAUUUUCAUCUUGAUGAGCGAGUUGGUGCGCUUUUAGAGGGUUGUGCCAUCAUUCCAGGCAGGGAACUCGAGACAUUAGGCAAAGUGCUGCAAAUGAAUUUUAGCAAAAUGGAGUGGGAGAAUUUGGGAAAUUGUGAAGAGGAACAUUUUGAUCAAAGGGGAGAAAGAGAUUCAUCACUUCACCUUGAUGUCUUUUUAAAAGGAAGAGAAUCAAGUAUAAGUGCGGCACCAUUGGUUGAAAGUGAUUAUUUGUCUUCCUUUGGUGAUUGGUUCUCUGGCAGAUGGUCGUGCAAGGGUGGGGAUUGGAAGAUGAAUGUUGAAGCUUUCCAUGGUAAAUCAUAUAGAAAGAAAUAUGUUCUAAAUGGUGGUUACCCCCUGUGUUUGAUGCCAAGAUUGGGGCAUGAGGACCCCCGGUGUCAUCAGAAAGAUGAAUUGUAUAAUCCUUCUAGCGGGAGACUUUACCUCCCACUUUGGGCAUUUUCCUUGCCAGAUGAAUUUAAUCAUUUCACUAGUAUUAUCAGAUUAAGUCAAAGUAAAUCAAUCGCUGUUAGGGGAGUGAGAGGAACAAUGCUUCCAGUCAUCCGAAUAAACACUUGUGUUGUUAAGGACCAUCAUUCCUUUGUAUCUGAACCUUGUGCAAAAGCUAAAGUGAAGGAUAAGUACUUUAUAAGCAGUAGCAGACACCAUUCUUUAAUGACUGAUGUAACUAGACCUUCAGAGGAAGGGGGUUCGAACAUGAAGAACGUGCAUGAUCAAAAUCCCGAGGGAAGUCAGAAGAGCUUAUUAUCCAUUGAUGUACCGAAAGACCGUCUUUGCACAGUGGAUGAUCUUCAAUUACACAUGGGUGACUGGUAUUACCUUAAUGGUACUGGACAUGAAAAAGGGCCAUUAUUAUCUUCAGAGAUUCAGGUAUUGGCAGAGCAAGGUAUCAUUCAGAAACUUGCCAGUGUUUUCAGAAAAGUUGAUAACAUCUGGGUUCCGGUUAUCUCAGUUGCACGGGCUUCUCAAGCUGCUGAAAAAAUUAAAAGAGAGACCAGUUGUAUGACUAGUGAUAAUUCUAGAGCAUAUAAUUCAGAAUCCAAGUGUAAUGCCCUUUAUGAAACCCUUCCUUUCAAUUCAUUUGACAGUUUGCAUCCACACUAUAUUGGCUAUACUCGAGGCAAGCUCCAUGAACUGGUAAUGAAGUCGUACAAGAGUCGGGAAUUUGCUGCAGCUAUAAAUGAGGUUCUUGAUCCAUGGAUCAGCGCGCAACAGCCGAGAAAAGAAAUGGAAAACUACACGAAUAACACGCCCGUCAAUUGUAGAUUCCUAAAAUCAGAUCAAGAUCGUGUUGUCAAAAGAGCCAGACUUCUGGCUGAUGGAAGUGAAGAAAAUUAUGAACUAGAUGCAGACAUAACGGCAGUCCAGAAUGAUGAGUGCUUGUUUGAAGAUCUAUGCAAGGAUGUCACCUUUUCUGAAGAAGACGGAGCAGGUUCUGAAGUUGAAAUUGAGUGCUGGGGUCUUCUUAACAGCCUUGUGCUUGCACGAGUAUUUCACUCUCUCAGAGCUGACCUAAAAUCUCUUGUUCAUGCUGCAUCGGCCUGUAAGCACUGGAGAUCUGUGUCAAAAAUGUACAAGAAUAUCUGCGUACAGGCCGACUUGUCCUCUGUUGGUCCCUAUUGUACUGAUUCGAUGAUAUAUAGCAUCUUGGAAGGUUAUAAUAAAAAAAGGAUUACUUCACUGGUUUUACGUGGUUGCACAGAUAUUACUUCAGGUACACUUGAAGGAGUUCUUCAGUUGCUACCUUCUAUAUCAUCUGUAGAUAUUAGAGGUUGCAGCCAGUUUGAAGACCUGACACUCAGGUUCCCAAAUAUCAUCUGGGUUGGUGGCCAUGUUUUACAUUCAAGAACGAGGACUUUUGAACACAUAUAUGAGAGAACAUCAGUGUUUAAGAUUUCUAAUGGUAGCAGUCAAAAUGAGGAUUCCAGUGGACUGAGAGAUUAUUUGGAAAAUUUAAGUGUGAGAAACACUGCAAAUAAUAUGUUCCGCAGAAGCUUGUAUAAACGUUCAAAACUUUUUGAUGCAAGGAGGUCAUCAUCCAUCCUGUCUAGAAGUGCCCAUUUAAGGCGCCCGGCCGUCAAAAAAUCAGAAAAUGAAUAUAAGAAGAUGGAGGAAUUUCUCACAUCAAGUUUGAAAAUUAUCAUGAAGGAGAAUACUUGUGAUUUUUUUGAGCCAAAGGUUGCAGAGAUUACACGCAGAAUGGUGAAUGGUUAUUAUGCCAGUCAUGGGCUGAGCUCCAUUAAGGAAGAUAUAAGGCGUAUGUGCAGAGAUGCAAUGAAAAGGAAAAAACGGGGUGAUACCAGAAGCAUGAAUCACAUCAUUACCUUAUUCAUUCGUCUUGCCACGAGUUUGGAUGGUGGCUCAAAAUCUUUCCGUGAGAGAGAUGAGUUGAUGAAGACUUGGAGAGAUGACUCACCUCCGGGGUUCUGUUUUGCUUCCUCAAAGUAUAAGAAAACUAAUAAACUAAGUGAUAGGAGACAUGUGAUGAGGGGUAAUGGAUCAUCCUUUAUCAAUGGUGUGCCUGAUAAUGAAGAGUAUGCUUCUGAUGAAGAAAUUAAGCGACAUUUAUCCAAGUUGAAUAAAAGAUCCAUGGAUUCCGGAAGUGAAACAUCUGAGGGAUCAUCUGAAAGAACACAAACAGAUGAUAACACUUCUUCCGAAAGUGAAUUGGAUUUUGAGUCGGAAUGCAGAGGAAAGGAGUCAAGAUGGGAUGACUACUCUAAUGCAGAUGAUAGAUUUGACGACGUUGCAGAUGAUCGUGAAUGGGGGGCCCGUAUGACAAAAGCAAGUCUUGUUCCUCCUGUUACUAGGAAAUAUGAAGUGCUUGAUCACUAUGUCAUUGUAGCAGAUCAGGAGGAAGUGGAAAGAAAGAUGCAAGUGUCCUUACCUGAUGAAUAUAAAGAGAAGCUCGAUGCCCAAAGAAGUGAGGAGUCUGAUAUGGAAAUUCCUGAAGUUAAAGACUAUAAACCUCGAAAGCAGCUUGGAGAUGAGGUUUUGGAACAAGAAGUGUAUGGCAUUGAUCCAUACACGCAUAAUCUGCUACUUGAUUCAAUGCCUGACGAAUCGGAUUGGCCUCUUUCUGAUAAACACAUCUUUAUCGAAGAUGUGCUCCUCCGUACUUUGAAUAAGCAGGCUAGGAGCUUCACAGGCACUGAACACACUCCAAUGAAGUACUCAUUGGAGCCUGUUAUCGCGGACAUCCUUAAAACUUCCGAGGAAGGCCAUGAUACACGAACUGUAAGAGUAUGCCAAUAUAUCCUUAAUUCCAUCAGAAGUCGUCCCGAGGACAGCUAUGUUGCUUACAGGAAGGGGCUUGGUGUUGUAUGCAACAAAGAAGGUGGCUUUGUUAAGGACGAUUUUGUUGUGGAGUUUAUGGGAGAGAUUUACCCCGCCUGGAAAUGGUUUGAGAAGCAAGAUGGUAUUCGUUCUUUACAGAAAAACAGUGAAGAUCCAGCACCAGAGUUCUACAAUAUUUACCUUGAGAGACCAAAGGGUGAUGCUGAUGGUUAUGAUUUAGUAGUUAUUGAUGCAAUGCACAAGGCUAAUUAUGCAAGCCGCAUUUGUCAUUCUUGUAGACCUAAUUGUGAAGCAAAAGUUACUGCUGUUGAGGGUAAAUACCAAAUUGGUAUAUAUACUGUACGCCCAAUUGGAUAUGGAGAAGAAGUUACAUUUGAUUAUAACUCUGUUACAGAGAGUAAGGAAGAAUAUGAAGCAUCUGUUUGCCUGUGCGGAAGUCAAGUUUGUCGUGGAAGCUAUUUGAAUCUGACUGGGGAAGGAGCCUUUCAGAAGGUACUUAAAGAGUCCCAUGGAAUUCUUGAUCGACAUCAAUUGCUGCUCGAGGCUUGUGAAGUGAAUUCAGUAUCUGAAGAUGAUUACAUUGAUUUGGGAAAGGCUGGACUUGGCAGUUGUUUGCUUGGCGGGCUUCCUGAUUGGCUAAUAGCAUAUUCUGCUCGUUUGGUGAGGUUUAUCAAUUUUGAGAGAGUCAAGCUUCCAGAUGAAAUUUUAAGGCAUAAUAUGGAAGAGAAGAAAAAAUAUUUUGCUGAGAUUUGUUUGGAUGUUGAGAAAACUGAUGCCGAAGUGCAGGCUGAGGGUGUCUACAACCAGCGGCUUCAGAAUUUGGCUCUUACUCUGGACAAGGUAAGAUAUGUUCUGAGAUGUGUUUUUGGUGAUCCAUUAAAAGCGCCAUGUCCACUUGUGAGGCUCAGUCCUGUAGAAGCAGUCUCCCAUAUAUGGAAAGGAGAAGGAUCACUUGUUGAUGAACUACUGCAUUGUAUGGCUCCUUAUAUGGAUGAUAAAGAACUCAACAUUCUUAAGUCCAGUAUACGUGCUCAUGACCCAUCUGGUUCUGAUGACAUUCAGGGGGCGCUACGUGAAUCUUUGCUAUGGCUGAGGGAUGAAGUCCGGAAUCUACAAUGUUCAUACAAGUGUCGGCAUGAUGCUGCUGCUGACUUGAUCCAUCUUUAUGCUUAUACAAAGUGUUUUUUUAGGAAACAGGAAUAUAAAUCUGUAACGUCUCCUCCUGUUUAUAUCACUCCCCUUGACCUGGGUCCCAAGUACACUGAUAAACUGGGUUCAGAUCGUCACGAAUAUUGUAAGACGUAUGGUGAGCAUUACUGCUUAGGGCAGCUAAUGUUCUGGCAUAACCAAAAUGCAGAGCCGGAUUGUAGUCUAGCCGAAGCGAGCAGGGGUUGUUUGUCUCUACCCGAUAUUAGCUCAUUUUAUGCCAAGAUUAAUAAACCAUCAAGACAGAGAAUUUACGGCCCCAGAACUCUAAAACACAUGCUGGCAAGAAUGGAGAAACACCCUCAAAGACCGUGGCCGAAUGAGCAAAUUUGGUCAUUUGAAAAUUCGGUAAAAGUUGUCGGCAGCCCGAUGCUGGAUGCUGUUUUACACAGGGCUCCACUGGACAAGGAGUUGCUGCAUUGGUUAAAGCACAGACCUUCAAUUUUUCAUGCCAGGUGGGAUAGAUAGUUUUAGCAGUAGCUGACAGUAGUGAUUUUCCAAUUGUUUUUGGAAUGUAAUUUUGAUCAGUAAUAUAGGCUUUGUAGCAAUAACUGGGAGGGCUGCCUAUUAUUUCAAAGCAGCAUUCCUGUAAGCAGCUGUUUCUUUUAUAUUCUUGUGUACAGUUCUUUGCACUCAUUAACAGGGCUUAGUUUUAGCUUCUCUUUUGUGGAGUAUUAUUUUGUCUAGUUUUCGUAUUUCUUUUGCA